AUGUCUCUUCGACUCUCCAGUGGAUCCAGGAGGUCCUAUUCCCGUCCCAGCACAGGCUCGCUCAGGGGAGCCAGCUUUGGGGCUGGAAAUGCGUGUGGCAUACCGGGCAUCGGAAGUGGGUUCUCCUGUGCCUUUGGUGGCAGCUCCUCCUCAGGAGGAAAUGCAGGGGCAGGCAACUCCUGCGCUGGGUUCACUGUGAACGAGGGAGGCCUCCUCUCCGGCAAUGAGAAGGUGACCAUGCAGAACCUCAACGACCGCCUGGCCUCCUACCUGGAUAACGUGCAAGCUCUGCAGGAGGCCAACGCUGACCUGGAGCAGAAGAUCAAGGGCUGGUAUGAGAAAUUUGGACCUGGCUCUUGCAGGGGUCUGGAUCAUGACUACAGUAGAUAUUUCCCAAUAAUCGAUGAUCUUAAAAACCAGAUCAUCGCUUCCACCACCAGCAAUGCUAAUGCUGUGCUUCAGAUUGACAAUGCCAGGCUGACAGCUGACGACUUCAGACUCAAGUAUGAGAACGAGCUGGCUCUCCAUCAGAGCGUGGAGGCCGACGUCAACGGGCUGCGAAGAGUCCUGGAUGAAAUCACCCUGUGCCGGACAGACCUGGAGAUUCAGUACGAAACCCUGAGUGAGGAGCUGACUUACCUCAAAAAGAACCACAAGGAGGAAAUGCAAGUCCUGCAGUGCGCGGCCGGCGGCAACGUGAACGUGGAGAUGAACGCGGCCCCCGGGGUGGACCUCACGGUCCUGCUGAACAACAUGCGGGCCGAGUACGAGGCCCUGGCCGAGCAGAACCGCAGGGACGCCGAGGCCUGGUUCCAAGAAAAGAGCGCCACGCUGCAGCAGCAGAUCACCGAGGACGUGGGCGCCACCACCUCGGCCCGGAACGAGCUCACCGAGAUGAAACGCACCAUGCAGACCCUGGAAAUUGAACUUCAGUCCCUCCUGGCCACGAAACACUCCCUGGAGUGCUCCCUGACGGAGACGGAGGGCAACUACUGCUCACAGCUGGCGCAGAUCCAGGCUCAGGUCGGAGCCCUGGAGGAGCAGCUGCACCAGGUCAGGACGGAGACCGAGGGCCAGAAGCUGGAGUACGAGCAGCUGCUGAACGUCAAGGCCCACCUGGAGAAGGAAAUCGAGACCUACUGCCUCCUCAUUGGAGGAGAUGAGGGAGCAUGUAAGUCUGGAGGUUACAAGUCUAAAGAUUAUGGAUCUGGAAAUGUAGGAAGUCAAAUGAAAGAUCCAGCCAAAGCCAUCGUGGUUAAGAAGGUUCUUGAGGAGGUAGACCAACGCAGCAAAAUACUCACCACUAGGCUGCAGUCCCUGGAAGAGAAAUCUCAUAGCAAUUAACAAAGAACAUAAGCCAAAGCAUCAAAUGCAUCUGGGAAAAUGAGCAAAUCUAAGAAAAAUGUCUGUCCUACUUAUCUCUCUGUUCCUUUCUCUUUCUGGCAAUUAGCAGAGAACCCUCUGUCCUGUGGAAAGAUGUCACAUGCAAACAUGAUAACAUAUUUGAUUACCCUGCAACAAUCUGUUAUCGGUUCUAUGUCCUCAAUAAAUCCUCCUUGAGCAAGC